AUGGACCGUGUGCUUUGGCAGCUGCUGGUCCUGGUUAUGACUGUGGUGGUUGUUCAUGCAUGUCCCAAAUACUGUGUGUGCCAGAAUUUGUCUGAGUCUCUUGGGACACUGUGUCCUGCUAAAGGCCUUUUGUUCGUACCAACUGACAUCAACCGGCGCACGGUAGAGCUCCGUCUUGGCGGAAACUUCAUCUUACGCAUUACGCAACAGGACUUCGCCAAUAUGAGUGAAUUAGUGGAUCUGACAUUGUCACGCAACAGCAUCAGUUCCAUCCAGCCAUUCUCCUUCGCUGACCUCGAGACACUGCGCUCGCUGCACAUGGACAACAACAGGCUGGCUGAAUUGGGACCUGAUGACCUACGAGGACUUGUAAACCUUCAAUACCUAAUUCUAAACAAUAACCAGCUACGUCGCAUCUCUGAAUAUGCCUUCCAGGACUUGGUGCCAGCAAUCGAGGAUCUUGAUUUGUCAUACAACAACCUGCACAUGCUGCCCUGGGAUUCAGUCCGUCACAUGGUCAACCUGCACCAGCUCACUCUGGACCACAACUUGCUGGAAUACAUUCCUGAAGGUACCUUUACUGACUUGGAGAGACUUGCACGUCUGGACCUGACAUCCAACCGCCUCCGGAAGCUUCCACCAGACCCAAUUUUUGCUCGGGCACAAGAUUCAUUGCAGGAGUUGGUGCAACUCUCUACGCCGUUUGCACCACAGCUUUCACUAAGCAUAGGUGGCAAUCCACUGCACUGCAACUGCGAGCUGCUCUGGUUUCGAAGGCUGGAGCGUGAAAAUGACUUGGAAACUUGUGCUUCCCCUUCAAAUGUGAAGGGACGUUACUUCUGGACCAUAAGAGAGGAUGAGUUUAUAUGUGAGCAGCCCUUUAUCACACAGCACACACACAAGAUGUUAGUUCUAGAGGGCCAAGCAGCCAGCUUGAGAUGUGAGGCAACUGGAGACCCGACACCCACAAUUCAUUGGGUAGCCCCUGAUGACCGUCUCCUUGGCAAUUCCUCACGGAUUGUGGUGCACAGCAACGGCACACUUGUUAUUACCAUUACAACAUCAAAAGAUUUUGGCACAUUCACGUGUAUUGCUGCCAAUGUUGCCGGUGAAUCCACUGCUUCAGUGGAACUGUCAGUCGUCCAGCUGCCCCACAUAAACAAUGGAACAGGACAACCCAAAUCCCGCCUCUCUGAUAUCACAGGAACCUCGAAGGCCACGCCCAAGGGCCAACCAGAAAAGGACAAGGCAAUUUGGGUUUCUGAGGUGACCGCAGACUCUGCUCUCAUCAGAUGGUCCAUCAGCAAGGCAGCACCCAAAGUGAAAAUGUACCAACUGCAAUACAACUGUUCUGAUGACGAAGUGCUCAUUUACAGGAUGAUCCCUGCUUCCAGUAAGGCAUUCCUAGUAAACAACUUGGUCUCUGGAACCCGCUACGAUUUGUGCAUCUUGGCAGCCUGGGAUGACUCAGCCACUACGUUGACAGCCACCAGUGUUGUGGGUUGUGUUGAGUUCUUCACCAGAGAUGAGUACCCACAAUGUCAUUCUUUACAUGGGCAACUACUGGGAGGCACCAUGAUCCUAGUGGUGGGAGGUGUGAUUGUGGCUACCUUGCUCGUCUUCAUUGUCAUUCUAAUGGUGCGUUACAAGGCUGGGGACAGUGGGACAUUGACUGCAGUUGGGGCUGAGCUUCCAGUUAGCAAGUUAAGUGACAUUGGUGAUACCUAUUCACAGGCCAAUGAUGGGCGUCUGGGGCAGAAUGGAGUCUUUAUGCCCCCUUCAAAUUCUGAAGUCAAACUCAAAGCCAAACCCAAGGUGAGUCUACGAGAUGAGGUUGUGGAGUUUAAAUGUGGCUCUCUCCAGAGUAGUAUGAGCUCUUUGUCCUCAUCCUCGUCCUCCUCUUCUGUUGGUUCUGUGAAUGCUUUGCACCCCUGCAGCCCUAACAGCGCUUUGGCCAACAUCUGGAGGUCAGCGUCUCUCAAACCGCGAGGAAAUCUGGACCAUCUGUUGGGGGCCAUUAACUCUCUGGAGAUUAAGGGCCAGGCAUCAUCAGGAAACACCAAAUAUGGUCGUGCAAUGGCAUCAACAGUGCCCCCUAAUGAUAAGGAGCCUCUGCUGGGCCGGACACUGGACUCCAAGUUCAGACGUAGUCACUCGUUUGAUGCCGGUGAGUUUGCAUCAUCAAUCAGUGGUGUCUGGACCAAACGUAGCCUCUCCAUCAAUGGUAUGUUGCUCAAGGAAGACAUGGCUAGCAGCAGGGGCACGUUGGAGGGCUCAGAGUGGGUGAUGGAGAGCACUGUGUAG